AUGGACGCCGAGGGCCCCUACGCCCCCGGCGGCCGGCACGACGGCGACGUCGGACCGCGCGCUCUGCGCCAAGCGGACAUAGCGAGCUUCCUUGUCCCCAGCAGCGAGCAUGCGGCCGACCGAGCCCAGCACGACAAUCAUGAUGAGCCUGCUGCGCCGUCUGGCCGGCGCCUCAGCCACGACGCUGUCGGCGCCUCGCUUCGGAGCCUGAACAUGUGCCUCAACCUGUGCAACCGGCAGCUCGGCGGCGGCUGGCAGCCGCGGCGCGGGACCAUGCAGCACUGUGGGGCGGGCCGCAGGCAGCAGACGUUCUCGGUCGCUGCGGGCGCGGACUCGGCGGCGCUCUCGGGCGCGCCGCCGCGCAAGACGUGCACCCACACCCUGGCGGCGAACUCCGGGGGCCUCAUGCUGGCGGCGGCGACGGCGGAGGGCGUGUCCAUCUUAUCGACGUGCGAGCUGCGGCGCGCGGCAGCGGACUACGACAGGUUCGGCACGCACCACCCCAGCCGCGUCCGCAACUUUGCCGGCGUCGGCCCCGCGCUGCUGCAGCCCGUCACGCACGCGGUGCGGCCCAACACGCGGCUCUCAAAGGUCGCCUGGUGCCCCGAUGUCCCCGAGCUGCUCGCCUCCGGCGGCGCCAACGGCGGCUGGCUGCACUACGUGCGCCCCAGUGGCGCCGCCGACAGCUGGCCGCUCCCGUGCUCGCCCGGCGCGGGCGGCUGGACGGGGCUCGCCGACUUGGAGUGGCUGCCGGGGCGGCGGCGGGCGCUGGUCGGAUCGAGCGCGAGCAACGGCGUGCUGCUGUGGGACUCUGGGGAGGGCGGCGGCAGGCGGGGGGCGGUCAGCCUGGAUAGCAAGAAGCUGGGCCGCGCGGACUGCCUGGCGGCGCUGCCUGGGGGAGACCUGGUGAUGGGCGGCUGCGGCAGCGGCAAGCUCGUGAUCUGGGACCUGCGGAUGGCGUCCUCCUCAGUCCGCAACUUCGGCGCAGCUUCCAAGGCGGUGCUGCGGCAGGUCGACGUCGCGCGCCGCGUGCAGCUGUAUUACAGCGGCGGCGAUGCAGCCGGCGACGACGACGCGUGCGCGCACGCGGGCGCCGCGGCGGCGGGGGGCGGUGUGGCGGCGGGCGGCAGGGCGGCGGGGCUGGGCGGCGGCGGCGGGUGCUUCUUCAGCCAGCUGCUGCCGUGCCCCUGGGACGCGCGGCUGCUGGCGUUCGUGCAGACUGACCUGCAGGUGGGCCAAGCAGCGACCGCGCCUGGAGGGUUGUAG